AUGCGGCGUGUGCUCAAUGCUACCGCGCUGCUUUGUCUCCUGGCAUGUGCAGCGGCCCACACAAGCCAUUCCGAUCAUGACCACGGAAGCCACUCGGAUGAGUCAAGCCACUCGGAGGGGGAGGGCCACUUCGAGGCGGCCGCGGUGUACGACGUGGAGGCGGGCACCAACUCUCUGGCGGCCUACCCCGGGGGGGGAAGCUUCGAGGAAGAGACUUUCGCGUUUAUGGUUGUACCCGCUGCUUCUGCCGACCUUGAUGGACUAGAGGGAGCUGAGGAGGACGCUGAGGCUGCGUGGGACGAGUACACCAGCGGCGCCGAAGAUGCGACCGUCCUGGCUUCCGGGGAGUCGGCCACCCCGUCCGCCGACGUUGUCUACCAGGUCACCCUCGAGGACCCCCUGGUGCUGGUGCCGGUCGACGUUACCGCCGCCGGUGCGUACGCCGUCUUCCUGGAGCACGGGAGCGACGAGGAGGGUGGGGACGAUGACGGGGAGGAGGAGGAGGAGGAGGAGGAGGAUGAGACCGGGACUGCGACGGCGGGCAAGUGGGGGAACGCGCUUGUGGCGUCGCUCGUCGUGUCGGCUUGCAGCUUCGCCGGGAUCGUGGUGGUGGCCAGCAAGCACGUGGCGAACAACAUCGACCUCUCGCACGCCUUCGUCUUUGCGUCCGGCGCUCUCCUGACGGCCGCCCUGCUGCACAUCAUCCCCGAGGCGCUUGAGGGCCUCGAGGAGUCGUACGGCAGCCUCCACGACCUGGGUCUGUACGCCGGCCUGGCCGUCAUGGGUGGCAUGUCCCUGGGCAUCGUCCUCCACGCUCUCUUGGAGUCGGGCCACUCCCACUCCCCUGGAGAAAGCCACUCUCACGCGCCGGGAGCGGUCGAAGCGGGAGGCGGCGGCGCCAAGGCAUCCGCAUAUACCGGCACGUCGGAGGCUACCCUCCCUCCGUCCCCCGUCGAGUCUAACUCGGAUAAUCUCCAGGCGUUGAUCUCCGCGAGAAAGGGAAAGUCGCUGCUGGACGUCAAGGGGCUGGAGCCGGUUUGCUGGAACGUGAUCGCGGGCGACCUGGUGCACAACUUCGCGGACGGGGUGGCCAUCGGGGCGGCGUUCCUGAGCUGCAGCACGACCAUGGGCUGGACCGUCGCCGCGUCCGUGGUCCUCCACGAGGUGCCCCACGAGGUGGCCGACUUCAUGGCGCUCCUAAACGGGGGCAUGAGCCUCAUGCAGGCGUUCGUCUACAACUUCCUGUCGGCCCUGUCCGCCGUGCUCGGCACCGUCAUCAUCCUCGCGCUGCAAGACACGCUAAGCGAGAAGGACAUCGCGAUCGUGCUCCUGGUCGGCGCGGGGUCCUUCAUCUUCAUCGCCCUCUGCGAGCUGCUGCCGGGGGCCCUCGCCGUCGCCGCCCUCGUCGCCAAGAGGGGCGGGGGCGCCAUUGCGCGCUCUCAGGUGCUCAAGCUGGGGUCGUUCCUUCUGGGGGCGAUCGUUAUCGGCAUCCCUCUGCUCUUCGAUGAACACUGCGGCACCGGCCACGAUCACGACCAUUGA